AUGGCGCAAUCGCUGGGCAAAUGGAGCCAAGCGCUACAGGGAAGCAGAGCGCUGUUCCAGCGGAGGCGGAACGUGGAGCCGCAAGGCGCGCCCGAGCCCUCAGAGGAGGCACCUGCACGGCGAUGCUGCCAGGCCAGCAAAUACUGCCGGCGCCGCGCAUGCGCUGCCGUGGGCUUCCUCAUCGUGCUGGUGAGGAUCCUGUAUCUGCAUGAACGUGCCGCAAUUCUGUCGCGCAGAGCCGUGAUCGGCUGUGCCGACAUGGCGAGUUUGCGUUCUGCUCUCGAGAACGCCAACACCAGCAACUGGCCUCGAUUCAUGCAAGAUGUAGACAACGCCACGGAAGAUCACUGUCUCGACCUCGUCGCGGAGCAGGAGUCGGAAGAGUUCGUAGGGAGUGGAACUGGCAGCCUCGUCGACCACUUUUCCUCAGAGAUGAACAAGCUGCUGCCUCCCCAGUACCGCUUCGACUUCCUGACGCUCUUCUUCGUGAUUCUCGCCUUGGUCUACCUACUCAAGACGAGUGAUGAGCACCCGAACUCACGACCCCGGCGGAGUCACUCCUUCGCGCUUUCGACGCUCACAGAGUCCUUGGCCUUGUCAGCAGUCGCCGAGACCCAGGAGUCGAAGGCUGUGAAGCGCCUGCAAGCGGCCUACUUCGACCUCGUGUGCCGCAUGCGCCCCGACAGGUCCACGAACUUCCGCCCUGGCGCAUUGCCCCAUGAGCCCAUGCUCGCGGAUCGUGCAGAGCACCUCGAGGUGAAGUCGGCCAAGCCGGUUCGCCUUCUCUUCCUGCACGCCUCCCCGCUGUGCGUUCUCACCCGCGGAGCGAACGGGCAGUCGAAGUACGCCCCGCUCCCGCGACUGAAGAUUGAUCGGGAGGUGCAGGCAGUUCGCGAAGCGCUGCAGGGCACGAUCGAUGUGAAGGUGAAAACAGCCUCCAUCCACAACCUCCGACGGGCAGUCACAGAAGGCAAUUUGUGGCUCCACUUGGCUGCGCAUACGGCCAAUGAGAGCACCCUGGUGUUGGAGGAUGGCUUCGGAGGCACCGAGGCGCUCACUCUCCACGCCCUAGUGCGACUGCUGCGGAGCGGCGGCACAGACGCGCCGGCCGCCUUCUUCGUGUUCCUGUCCAACUGCAAAUCCGACACGCUGGCAGCAGCAUUUUACUCCGCUGGGGUCAAGCACAUCGUGUACACAAAUCGAGCUGUUACAGACCACUGCGCGAGCCGCUUCGCCAAGAGCUUCUACCUGGCUCUGGCCUGCCGACGGUCCUUGCGCAAUGCCUUCCGGAUCGCCAUGUCGGAGGCGGAAGCGGACUUGGAGGGAGGUGACUCUGGCUUUCGGCUCUUCUCAAGUGGUGACGUCCUGCUGCAGGCUCCCGAGUUGACUCACGGAGACUUGUCCCCGAAGGCCUACCAGGGUCUUCCAGGCCCAGUCGAAGACUUCGUUGGGCGGGAGGAGAUCAUGCUCUCGGUGCUACAGCACCUUGCCCAUCGCAAAGUCGUUGUGCUGCACUGCCCCCGAAGGCUUGGUCUUACCACCACCCUCACGGAGAUCGCGCGCUACGUGUCCGUACCCGGCCGCCGUUUCGCCGGCAGCUGCAUCUUUGGAGAGCCACAGUUGCUACAGAAAGGGCUCCUCAUCGUUGACGACGCCGACGCGGCGAUUGCAGAACAUGGAGCGAUCUUGAGACAGAACCUGGAGUCUGAGGGAUUCUUCCUACUCCUUGGAUGCUCCAAGCCCCAGUGGGAAUUGUUUAGUGACCUGGUGAAGGCGGUGCACGUUGAGCUGCCCCCGCUUUCUCCACUGGAGUCGGCCACCCUCUUCUUGCAACGCUGCCACAGGCCCCUGACCCUUGAGGACGUGCUGCGCCCCAACUCGGAAGAGGAACGAGUAGUCCGAAAGGAGGCCUUGCCCAAGGAGCGAGCCAAGCAACUUUUAAAGCCCAUGGUGUCCGUGUUUGAAGGCGACCCCCGCCUAAUUCGUCAGGCUGCCGGUAAGGUGACGCCGACGCGCCCUCCCCUCAUGGGAGAUCUAAGGAGCCUUAAGGUCGAGUGCAUCAGUGCCCUGGCAGAGAAGUUUAGGGGUUUAGAGUGCCUUAGGGCUGGGAGUGCACAGUUGCCCUGGCAGAGAGGGGGUCUCAGGAGCUCUCUCUCUCCAUACCCGUGCCAUAUCCUACCCUAA